AUGGGAAUCGAAGGAUCAACACCUACGGCAUUGGUUCAGGUCACUGUGCAGGCCGACUGGACAGAUGUCAUUGCCGACGCACUCCGACUCAACAGCACCGGUACCUUCUGGGUCUCCUGCUACAAGCGAGGUUCGCCGUCGGUGCAUGGAGCGGCCAAGGUCGCUAUUGUGGAAGAUCGGAAAGUGCAGUUCACGGGACAUGAUGGUAUUAUCCUCGAGACCAUCACCAACUAUUCGUUCAGGGUCAAGAUCCCAGAGUAUGAUAACGUCCAAGUGGAGGUCUAUGGAACCGGUCGACGAUCCAAUAUCGCCAAGAUCUCGUGUAUGGAUGUGUCGCCGGAAGGGGCAUUGUUUGCUACAGGAUCUGAGGAUGGUACUUUGAGGAUUGGCGAGACAGAGUCGGGACGAAUUACACAAGAAUUGAAAGCGCACAUCCAAUACGUCAACACAUGCCGCUUCUUCCCUUCCGGGCAAGUCGUGCUGAGUGGUGGAGGCGAUUUCUUGCUCAAGGUUUGGUCCGUACUUGAUGGAAGCUGUCCAGUCGCCAUGAAGGGCCACACCAAACCCAUCACGGAUACUGCCAUUAUCGAACGUGGACGGAACGUUGUCUCGUCGUCAAAUGAUGGAACGGUAAAGCUGUGGGAGGUGGCUUCAGGAACGACGAUCAGGACAUUGUCGCAGCACGAGGGUCGCGUGAACGCUAUUGCACUGGACUCGUGGGAGUCCACCGUCAAAACUAGCCUUGCUCUUGAUCCAAAGGAGGUGGGCACGGAUGGAAAGCUGGUGAUUGCUGCUUCUGAAAACGGUACACUCUAUGGACUCGAUGUGCGGGCGUCAGAAGAGGUAAAGCUCCAGGGAUAUGAACAUGUCGCCGCGUUCCAACGCAAGUCAUAUAACAAGGCCCCAUUACGGGCAUGCGCUUACUCUGCCCAGCAUUCGCUUGUGGUCUCUGGAACGUCAGAGGGUGUCGUUGAGAUCUUUGAUAUCCGCAAGACAGAUCAGGUGCUGAAUAGGUUCCAACGUGGCACGGCGGGCAUCUCUAGCAUUGUCGUCAGUGCUCCCUCGUCAUCGUCAUCGGCCUUGACUUCUGGCCAGAACUGUCCUGGACUUAUCAUUGGGUGUGAGGAUAGUGGAGUGUACGAGACAAAGCCGAUCCAAGGCGAGACGACAGUCCAGGUACUGAGAGAGUAUGUCGGGUAUGACUUGGAUGGCCCUGCACGCGCACGGGUUGUCGGACACGGCCCCGCUUUGGUCGCCAUUUCCAAGGAAGGUGGGUUGCUGCGAUUCUCGGGAACCCUUGGUGGUGUAGCGCCUGUGCCAGCCGUCUAA